CCCAUGGUACGAGGCUGGGAGCCGCCGCCCGGGCCGGACCGCGCUAUCUCUGACGGGCACAAAUCAGAAAACACCAUGCCUCCUAAUAAAGAGGCCAACAGUCUUAACAGCUCCCCAGCGGGCCUCAUCUGCCUUCCUCCAAUCUCUGAGGAGCUACAGCUUGUGUGGACCCAAGCAGCCCAGACCAGUGAGCUGGAUGACAAUGAACACUUGCUACAAACCUUCAGCUACUUUCCCUAUCCCAGUCUAGCAGACAUUGCCCUUCUCUGCCUACGUUAUGGGCUACAGAUGGAGAAAGUCAAGACCUGGUUCAUGGCCCAGCGCCUCCGCUGUGGCAUUAGCUGGUCAUCUGAGGAAAUAGAAGAGACUCGAGCCCGAGUAGUAUACCAUCGGGACCAACUCCAUUUCAAAUCUCUUCUCUCUUUUACUCAUCAUGCAGGGCGGCCCCCAGAGGAAGUGUCUCCUUCUGUUAGUGAGCCCACCCAGAUGAAAGGAUUGAAGGUAGAGCCUGAGGAAUUCUCUCAGGUAUCACCAAUGCCACUGAGUCACCAGAAAGUAAAGGAGCCCUUGAUGGCACAUGGCAGUGGGGCAUUCUCUCAUCAAUCUGAUUUUUGGCAGGAUCUUCAAUGUAGUGGCCUCUCUAAGGAGCAGGCAGGCAGGGGUCCUGGCCAGUCACAUGGCUCAGGCACUGCUUCCUGGAACCACUCCACAGCUGCCCACCAGCCCCGUGCUCGGGAGAAGCCCUCACCAUUCUCAUUACUUGCCAGUAGUUGUAAGAAGGAGUCAGCAUCUGGUAUGACUCCUUCCUCUACCUCUACCUCUUCCUCCUCUUUCCAGGUACUAGCUAAUGGAGCUACUGCUGCUUCUAAACCCCUUCAGGCACUGGGCUGUGUCCCACAGUCCCUGUCACCCAAUGAGCAGGCACUACCCCCUCAUCUGGAGCCAGCCUGGCCCCAGGGGCUACAGCAUAACUCAGUACCAGGUAGGGUUGGCACUAUGGAGUACCUUUCUCCUGAUAUGCAACGCCACCAGCGAAAGACCAAGCGCAAAACCAAAGAGCAGCUGGCUAUCCUCAAAUCUUUUUUUUUACAGUGUCAGUGGGCACGGCGUGAAGAUUAUCAUAAGUUAGAACAGAUCACUGGUUUACCUCGGUCUGAGAUUAUUCAGUGGUUUGGUGACACACGCUAUGCCUUGAAGCAUGGGCAACUGAAGUGGUUUCGGGACAAUGUAGUACCUGGUGCCCCUAGUUUCCAAGACCCAGCAAUUCCUACACCAUUGCCAUCGGUCUGCUCCUUGAAUGAAUGGGCCGAGACACCACCUCUGCCCGUACCCCCACCUCCACCAGAUAUACAGCCUUUGGAGAGGUACUGGGCAGCCCACCAACAACUACAGGAAAGUGAUAUCCCUCAACUGAGUCAGGCAUCAAGACUUAGCACCCAGCAGGUAUUGGAUUGGUUUGCCUCCCGAUUACCUGAACCAGCUGAGGUGGUAGUUUGUCUAGAUGAAGAAGAGGAAGAGGAGGAAGAAGAACUGCCAGAAGAUGAUGGGGAUGAAGAAGAGGAGGAGGAAGAGGAAGAUGACAAUGACAAUGAUGAUGAUGUGAUCAUACAGGACUGA